AUGGCGAUGCCGAGGGCGCCGGGCGCGGGAUCGCUCCGCUUCCUCGGCCUCCUGAAGCUGCCGGAGUCGGCGGGGGCGGGGCCCGACGCCGCCGCGCCGUUCGAGCUCGACGAGCGCGACGUGGUGUGGCCAGCGGGCGGGGGGCAGCAGGACGGUUGGGCCGCCCCGCCGGCGCCGGCGCCGAGCGCGGCGAGGCGGCGCGCGCACGCCGUGCCGCACAGCUUCGGGCUCUCGUCCCUGCUCGCCGAAGGCGGCGGCGGAGGGGUGGCCGUGCCCGUGCUCGCGAGGGCGGUGGCGCCGGCCGCUGCGCCGAGGCAGUCAGCGCCAGUGCGGGUGCCGGCGCCGUGGCUGGGGAAGGCGGCGGGCGGGCGCCGCGCGGGGGAGAACGGCGGCGGCGGCGGCGCAGGCGGCGCAGGCGGCAGGAGGGUCGACGAGGACGAGGAGGACGGAGACGAGAUGGUGCCGCCGCACGUGGUCGCGGCGCGGCGCCACGCGCGGUCGUCGUCCGUGCUGGAGGGCGCCGGGCGCACGCUCAAGGGCCGCGACCUCCGCCGCGUCCGCAACGCCGUGCUCCGGCAUACCGGGUUCCUGGACCUCUGA